CUUAUGUAAAAUGGAUUUUAAAUAUUUUACUCAUAAUAAAAGAAAGAAUGAUUGAGUUUCAGGGAAUUUCUUAAGAUUAUCUAAUAUUCUAUUUUUGUUAUAUCUUGCAAUCACUAAGAUAUUACAGAAUUUAUGCCCUGAAAGCCAAUCUGAUGCAACUUUGUGGUAGAAUCUGGCAAUGUAGCAAAUAACAACUUGACAGAUAAUGGUUCUGGCAUGAUACCUGCUAAUGAUUUAUUAAAUACUUUUUCGAUUCUAGAGAAAUAAGUUAUUAAAAACUGCAUGAUCAAAGGCCUUUCUCACUUCGUAUGCUCAUGGCAUUGUAAUUUUGUAUUGAGGCAAAUUACUACUUGCUGAAUUUAGGAAUAAAUAUCUCUCAGUAUAGUUAUAAGAUAAACUUGUCAUGCCGAAUAUCAAAUAUUUUCGUCUUACAAAUCUAUAUUAUAUAGUAUAUAUGCGUUUGAUAAGCGCCAAUCUUAACAUGGGUAGUUUUAACGCCAGUGAAAUAUGUUGGUGAGAAUAUAAUACAACAUUAUUUUCGAAAUUAGAGGAAAGAAGAUACCAUAUGGUGACUUUUAUUGUGAAGGACCUCAUUGUUCAAUUAUUUAAUCACUAAUGAAAGUUGGCGUUGUUUGGGUCCAUCUCCCAUGGUGCUCGAUGUUCUUGUUUUAUAUAUAUUUUUAAUUCAAAUCUUAGAACAUUCACCUUUACGCAAAACUUAAACUCCGUGUCCUUGGAAUAUUUAAUGUAUUAUAUGAAAUAUACAAACCUGGUCAUUAUAAAAGAUAAUAUUAUUAUUCUUUGAUGCAAGCUGUUUGCGGCUAAAUAUAUGCAUAAACUCUCCAAAGACCUCACUUCUUAUUUAUUGAUUUCUUCUUACUUGUUGUUAAUUAAGUUUAUUUAAUUCUAGUAUACGCAACUUAAAACCGUGUGUAGUGUUUAAUAGAGACGUAACUCUAGGAUCAACGGUUUAUCAAGUAUGCAAUUUGAUGUCUCGCCUUACACUAGAAAUUCCCUAAUUAUGAUGAAUAAUCUAGGGGAAAUUACAUGUUUACCACUUUCAUGAUAUCACUUUUGAUGAAUAAUCUAUGUUGUGGUUAAACGUGUGUUAAACUAACCCACAUAUAUUUAUGAAAAUCUGAAGGCAAUAGUCAAUUGCACACGUUAGUUUUUCUAUUUUCCAUAACUCCAACCGAGUAAAGUAAGCGUUUAAUAAGAGUACUGGUCUAUAAUAAUAGAAAAACAGUUCAUUUAUUCAUCCAAAAUCUCAUGAGUUCGUAACAUAUCCGGUCCUAUCUGAGUUGUGAUGUAACAAACUUUCCCGAUUACGACACUAUAUUAUACAUUCAUAUAAAAUAAAUGAAGACUGAAGUUUAUAUUUAUUUAGUUAGAGAAAAUUCAAUGAAAAUUUUGAAAUAACUGUAAAAUUCAAUCUCUUUGGUCAUUUAUGACAACUCAGUGAACUCACACAUCUUAUGCAGUUGACGUUAGCAUAUUUUCCCACUUGCUCUGAAGGAAGAAGUGAAACUGCGAAAAAGGUAACAAAAGGCUUUACACACGCUUGCAAUAAAUGUGAUAUGGUGAGAGCCAUGCAUUUAGGCAUAUACGUAUACUAUGUUGCCCAAGUGCAUAUACGUAUACUAUUAGGAAUCUACUUUAUUAAAACAGAAACACUUAUAAAUUAAUUUUUAAUUUUUCAAGUUAUUUAUAAUCAUAUGCCACUGAAAUAAUAUAUUUACGUACCUUUUAGUUUUUUUUUUUAUUAUCAACUUAUACAUACUCAUAUAGACUCUGCGAACCAUGUUGUGAGAUUUGCAUCCAUGUGAACGACGAAAGACGGUUGUUUUCUUGCACUGCGUGCUAGACUGUCCCUUGGUAUUGUGCGUUCUUGAAACAUAGAGAAUCUCUGAUCAGAGGAAACUUACUUUCAGGAGUUGUAAAUCUUCCAAAUAAUUUGCAAAAGCUGGCCAUUCUUCUGGUUCCAAAACCAUCUUCACCAAUUGAGAACAAUCCGUUGCAAACGUGACCUGUAAUUAUCGUAAAUUCCUCAUACAUUCCAUUGUCUAAAUAAGCGAUUCCAUCUCUGCAUGAAGAGGAGAGAGACAAGCUCUAACAUUUCUCGCCUCCAUCAGUCCAUCAAAUCCUUCUAAAGUACUGAACCAUCCUUGUCCAGAAAAAGUAUCAUUCUCUUUCCAAGAAGCAUCUGUGAAACACCAUUUUCCUGGAAUUACCGGUAGUGUCGUAAUCUCUACGUUUUGUGCUAUCCUCUGGUCGUUCAAUAUAUGUGCCUCUGCCCAGAGUGUUAGACUCUUUUUCUGCCCGCUUAAGAGUUUCCCUAGGAUCGAUAUCCAUGUUACUGAAGACUUUACUAUUUCUUCCUUUCCAAAUAUACCAUAAUAUCCAUGCAAACUGAUGGUCGUCCAUCUGAGAAAAUACUCUCCAAAAAAGAUGAUCCAUGUUUGUGAAAAGAGAAGAAGUUGGGAAGAUAUCUGGAUUUGAUGGAAUCUUCAAGAGAGUCCAAACCUAAAGUGCUGGAGAACAUUCGAAAAACACAUGAUUUACCGAUUCCUCAGAGGCACCACAUCUUGCACAACAUAUAUCCCCUUGUAAUCCUCUUGCAGAUAGAUUUUUCUUAACUGCUAUACAUCAUGUUACCAAUUGCCAUAGAAAAUGUUUUAGCUUUGGCGGACACCUUAUUUUCCAGCAGAACGCCUUUAAAGAAUCGAUUGUGGGUCCAAAGAGUAACGGUGGUCUUUCCUUGUCUGGAUAAACUCUUUCUGCCUGAUAUCCAGAUUUAACCGUAUAUUUCCCAUUUUUUUGUGAAGUACCUUUUAGUAUUCUUGUCUUUUAUAGUUUAAUUAAUACAUUCUCCUAAAAUAAAAUAUAACAAAUUAUGUUUACUUAUUUAAAAAAUAUUUCCUAUAAUCUAGCUAAACAAUAAAUUAUACUUAAUCAAUGUCAAAAAUGUAACAAGAUUUUAUUAUUACGGUAGAUAUUUUUUAUUUUGGUAUAUUAACUAUGUCUAAAAAAAUAUAAAAGUUUUAUUAAUAAAUAUUGAGUAAUUUUUAAACAAUUGUUAAUAUGAUAUUUUAAAACUUCAAAUUUAACUUCGAAACUAUUUGUAUUUUAUAAUAUGGUCCUUAUAUUUUUCAUAACUAAUUUGAAUUUAUAAAAAAUUUAUAAAUAGCUAGCACAUAUAUAAACAUAUUACAACAAUAUUAAUUAAUAAAAUAUAAAAUAAAAAUAAAAAUAAAAAUAACUUAAUUAAUAUUAAACUUCAAACAAAAUACCAUAUUAUUCCAUAAAAUAUUUUUAUAUUAGUGCAUUUCGAAAUAAAAAUGGCUCUCCUCAUUUUUACUUUGUAGAUUACGAGCUAAGUUGUUGAAAUCAGAUAUUAAUACAUGUAAAUACAGUAGAUCAGAACAAGAAAGUAAAAGAGAAACAUAAAAUAUUGCUAAAAGAUUAAUUUCAUUUCGAUGAUAUUAAUACUUGUGAAUAUACUCGAUAUGAAUAAAAAAGAAUUGUAAGAAACAUUGUUUAUCAUUUAGUUUAUUUUUAAAUUUAGAUGAUUAUUAGUUUACUAUAACAAAAUCUUAUUUUUUUAUUUUUAUUGUUUAAAUAACUAAUUAAAUUUAUAAUUAUUAUUAAAAUAUACUUAAAAAUUAACUCGUUGUAGUUUAAAAAUGAAAAUAAAAAAUGAACUUAUUAUAUUUUUAAAUCCAACAAUUAACUUAAACAAACAUAAAUAUUUUAUCACUAAAAGAUAAAUAUCAAUCUGGUUUACAAAUAUAAAGAAAUAAAAUUAUGUACAAAAAUAGUUCUACACUUUUAAAACGCGAACAAGUACGUAGUUUUAGAUAUUAAAAUCCAAAAAGCCAACAUAAGGUUAAAUGGAUAUACACCAAAAUAAAAUUAUAGAUUUGUUUAAAACCCAAUAAAACUUACCUUCAUAUAAAAACCUAUAGCAAAAUGAUAACUUUUAAAUUUAAUAUAACAUAAAUUACACUUAAAAUGCUCAUUAUUUUGCAUUUUAAUUUUUUUUGUCAAACUAAAAUGAAAAACACCACACAUAAGUUGACAAUAUAAUUCAACAAAAAAAACUGAAAAUUAAUUGGAUAUACAUAUAAUCAAAAAUACAAUUGUAUAUCUAAAAGAAGUUCAUGUUUAUAUUUCAAAUAAUUAGAGUAUCUAGAAUUACAACUGCUAAUUUGAAGACCACAACUUCAAAUUUGAAGAAAUUUGUUAUAUAUGAGUAUGGAAUAAUAGAAAAAUUAAUAGAAAUUUGUUAUAUAUGAAUGUUUUAUAAUAUUUAUUUGGUUGUGUACAUAAUUGAACCAAAGUUUACUUAAACUUAACUAAAAGUUUAAGUUAUUUUAUAUUUAAUGUAGUCCAGGUAAAGUAAAUAUCAGAUCGCAAUCAAACACCAUUAUAUUUUGGAUUUUUACCAUUCACAGUAAUAUUACUAAAACUCAAAAACCGGAAUUGAUUUAAGACUAAGCUGUAUUUGGUUUUCUACAGGGAUCUUUAGAGCUGUGAUAUGAAGUUGAUUACUAAUUGGGCUCUAAUGUGUGCUAAAUAUGAAUGGGCUUAUCUACACAUGAGUGUUCAAAGAGAAAGAGAAGCUAAUUUUCAUCUCAUCAUCUCUUUUCCGACCUUAAGCAGCAAUGGUGGCUUCUCUCACCUCCCUCUUGUUUCCUGCUACCACUCGCUACCCCGCAGCUCUCCCGUGAACCGUAUUGCUAUGUAUCUCCACUGUCUCAUACUCAGUGUUGAUUAAUGGAGAGCCAACUCAUUUCAUCAAACCUCAGAGAGGCCUAAGACAGGGUGACGCCAUAUCUCCAUAUCUCUAUAUUCUAUGUACGGAAGGCCUGUCCAGACUGAUAAAGCACUAUAUUUGCAACGGAAGAAGAAAGCCGGCAAUUGCAACAUAUUCUCAACAUAUAUCAGCGAGCCUCAGGACAAGAGAUUAAUUACAAAAAGUCGGCCAUAGCCUUCAGUAAAGGAAAUCACUAAAGCUACGCAUCGUUUUUGGUGGUCUGCGGUAAUGGAUAAACAUGGCAUCCCUUGGGUAGCUUGGGAUAAAAUUACGGCUUCAAAACAAGAGGGGGGGGGGGGAGCUAGGAAUUAGAGAUAUGAUGGCUUUUGAUAAAGCCUUGCUUGCUAAACAAGCUUGGAGACUGAUAACCAGGCUUUGAUCAAAAAGGGAAUGAAAUGGAUAGUGGGAGACGGGCAACUAAUCAAUGUCUGGAAAGAUAACUGGCUCCCUGAUAAGGCACUUGUUACUCCCAAAUCCCCUCAAACAAACCAUCAACCUAAUUAAUCUAAUGGUCAAAGAUCUUUUCCUCUCAGGUACAACAACAUGGGACGUUAAUAAGAUUCAAAGUUUGAUUCAUGAAGAUGAUGCAGAAAAGAUCUUAAUGAUACGUCCAAGCAUUACGGGGCUCUCAGAUAUAAGAAGAUGGGAUCUUACCAAUUCCAGAAGCAACACAGUUAAUAUAGGAUAUUACUUGCAACAGGCUUUGGAUAAAGAAGAUCAACUCAAUCAGGUAAUCAGGGCAGCUUGUUUGGAUAAGCAACUAUGGGAAGAAGCAACACGAUAUAAUCCUCCAACUACUCAACAGAGACAAACUGCUCCAAGACCUGUUUCACAGAUUAUCCAACAAGGAAUGGACUUUUACUGCACUGUAGACGCCUCUUGGAAGUCACCAGUGGAUAAAGCUGGAAUAGGAUGGUCCUUAUACAGCGAAGAAGGCAUUCUUAGACUCCAAGGAAUCUCUGCAAUAGAAGCUACUACAUCACCAUUGGUAGCUGAAGCAAUGGCGAUACUACUAGCUGUUCAGCAGUUGAACUGCAUGGGCUAUAAUAACGUGGCAAUUCUAGGUGACUCUCUGCAGAUUUUUAAGAGCUUGAAUCUAACGGAAACAGAAGAAGGUAAAAAGAAAAUCAGCAUCAAUGAGGCAACACCUAAUAUAGUAGACAUUUUAGCUCUUUCACAAUUGAAUAGGUUCUGUUUCCACUGGGUACCUAGGAACUUUGUUCAAUAUGCUGAUCAUCUAGCUAAUAGAGCUAGGAGUAGUAUGCAACAAUACAUUGUAACCUGGCUCCAAACAUAGCCAUUGUAAAAUUUUCACUUGAAAUGAAAUGGAAGUUGACAAAAAAAAAAGAUCAUCUCCAAUCUAUUUUCUAUUUUUACUCUAAAAUAGAAGAACUCUAUAUAAUAGAGAUGAGAUAUGUUCCAAUGUAAUUCUCUAAAAUAGCAAUCUCGAAAGAUAGAGCAAAAUGUAAAGGAAUGCUAUUUCGUAUAUAGCAAUCUUUAUUUUAGAGGAAUAAAUAGAGUAUGGUUGGAGUAGUUUUAGCUCUAAAUGCUAUUAUAGAGGCAAAUAAAGAAGGAGACUUUAUCUCAUUUCU